UGUGCGUGCUAUCACGUACCUAGUACUUUGGUACUACGUAAAUGUGGAUACGUACAUGUGCAUGCGCAAGUACACACAUAGAAGUACGGUACCGCACGUGUAUGUUAUCUUAGCUUAGCUUACACUUCGAGUCUGUCUACCUAAAAUUCAUGGCAUCCAGGCCAGGCCUAAUACUGGUCGGUAUGUAAUGGGACCAAGCUAUGUCGUCUCCUAGCUCUGAUGAUGUAGCAGAUGAGCUGCAAGUUAUAGAAUCUAUUUUCUGCCAAAGCGGAGAAUUCGUGCUCCAUGAUUUCAACGCAUUGACCGGGUCAUCUCGAUACACCAUUGCCGUUUCAGAUGUCCCCGGUAAUUCUCUGUCUCCCCUCGUUGGCUCGACCCUUGCCAUCACAUUCACAACCACACAAUGCUACCCACAAUCCUUGCCGGUUAUCAGCUUGACCUCUGACCUCCUUACCAGGAAAGCCACUGAUAGCAUGACGAGCGACCUUGUUGAAUAUGCUAAUGAGCACCUGCGUGGUGAACCAAUGACAUUGGAGAUAGUGGAAUGGGUGAGGCUUCAUUUCAAGGAGUAUGCAAAUGAGGACCAAACUCUGAACCAACCACACGUUGUAUCUGAUAGGCAAGGGGGGCUUAAGGUUUCUCUACUGCGACUGGAUCACAUGCGAGCUAAGGCGCGCUACGUCAAGACAAUAACAAGCUGGUGUGCAGAGCUGGGCAUCAUGGGAAGAAUUUUCUUUGUUGAGAAGCUCAUCUUGAUCCUUCUUGAAGGUCAUCAGGACAACGUCAAGGACUUUAUUCUUCGACUGAAAACUCAGAAGGUAGAUGUGGAUUCUAAUGGCAAGGGUUGCAAGGAGAAAAUGAUGAGCGUUUUAAGUGAAAGGCAUGCCGAUGAAGAAAAAAGCAGUUUUUCAUCCUUUGAAGUUGCUGAGCUAGAGAGCAUCCAAUCAUUGAAAAAGACUUUUGAUGCUGUGAAUCUAAGAGAGCUUUUUGAAGAACAUAUACAACCACUGUGUAGACAUCCAAUGCAAGGUUCCAUCAGAUGACAAGGUCAUUCACAAGGACGCAUGGAGUAGAUGCACCACCAAAGGUUCAAUGUGGUGACGAGGUUAUUCCCAAGGAUACUGUCCAUUUCCCAGUGCUGUGACCCACUCUCAUUUCCGGCAGAUGACGGAGUCAUUCACAAGGACGCAUGUUUAGCUACUGAGUAGAUACACCGCCAAAGAUCCAAGCAGUGUUGAGGUCAUUCAUAAGGUCACCAUCAAUUUCCAGGUGAUGUGUCCCACUCUGAUUUCCGGCAGAUGACAGGGUCAUUCGCAAGGACUCAUGUUUAGCUAUGGAGUAGAUGCACCACCUAAGGCUCCAAGCGGUGACAAGGUCAUUCCCAAGGACACUGUCCAUUUCCAGGUGCUGUGUCCAUCUCUUUAUUUCUGGCAGAUGACAAGGUCAUUCACAAGGAUGCAUGUUUAGCUACUGAGUAGAUGCACCACCAAACGUUCCAAGCAGUGAUGAGGUCAUUCAUAAGGUCAUUCAUAAGGUCACCAUCAAUUUCCAGGUGAUGUGUCCCACUCUGAUUUCCGGCAGAUGACAGGGUCAUUCGCAAGGACGCAUGUUUAGCUAUGGAGUAGAUGCACCACUAAAGGCUCCAAGCGGUGACAAGGUCAUUCCCAAGGACACUGUCCAUUUCCAGGUGCUGUGUCCAUCUCUGAUUUCCGGCAGAUGACAAGGUCAUUCACAAGGAUGCAUGUUUAGCUACUGAGUAGAUGCACCACCAAACGUUCCAAGCAGUGAUGAGGUAAUUCACAAGGUCACCAUCCAUUUCCAGGUGCUGUGUCCCACUCUGAUUUCCAGCAGAUGACAAGGUCAUUCACAAGAAUGCAUGUUUAGCUACUAAGUAGAUGAACCACCAGAUAUGGUACCCUGUCUUUAAAGGAGGUUUUGAGUACUUGUCAUCGUAUUGCUUUGUGAAUGUUACUAUCUUAUUGAACAUAUUGUAAAUGGUAAACUAUGUACUUCAUGAAAAGAACUGUUUAUUACAAGGGUUUGUAGUCAUGGAAUCGAAUAGAGGUGACUCCAUUUGAAAGUCGCAAACUUCAUCAAAAGUUGACUGAGGUUAAUAAACAAUUUCUUGUCUUUUUAGUUUGUGACAGUAUUUCAAAAGCAGUACUUUCCAUCCAUUCCUAGCUAGCAGCCCUUCCAUAUCAAAUUUAAACAGGGAAUGCUGCAAUUUUUAAUUACCAUGUUUGCUCAAAUUUCUCUGUAUCAACUUUUUGUUAAUCUUUCAUCUCAGUUGAGGUGUUGCGCGGUACAUUCAUUCAUUCACUUGACUCUCAAUCAAAGGGUUGAGGUUUGAAUCUUACCCAGCACCAACGUCCUUUGGAAAGACAUUAAUCCAUGUUUGCCACUCUCCACCCAGGUGUAAAUGGGAACCUGGUAAUGGCUCAGUAAGGAAAAUUAUAUGGACUCAAGGAAGCACAACAUUAAAGGUGAUGAUGCUUCUCUGGGUAAACAAUAAUAUUAUUAUUGUUAAGAUUAAUUUAUUUCUGAAUAUUUAUUAAAAUAUAAAGAAAAACA